CCCAGGGGAGGACCCAUGCAGAAAGGAAAAGCGCGGGCCCCACCGCGGAGAGGAGAGGAAGAAAGCUACCGCCGAGCGAACCCCGUUCAAAUCGACGAACCCACCUCGCCACCUCCUCCACCACCUCCAGUCCUUCACCUCCUCCAUCCUCUGCUCGGCUCCUAUUACAAAUACCACCACCGUGACGCCGCCGCCCUGUGCCCUCCCCGUUCGUUCGACCCAGCAGCAGGAGAAGGAAGCCCGCCCAGCCAGGCCAGGCAAGCGACGCGACGCAAGUCUUCUAUACAGGAACUGGAUUCUGCUGUUAGUCCUCUUGCUAUUGAUACCAUGGAUGUCUCUGAUGAGAAGUGUGCUCAUCCAUCGGACCUGCCUAGUGCUGUUGAUGUCAUGCAAUCUGACGAUGGCAGAUCUGAACAUUUGGGAUCUGCUGCAGUCAAUGGAGCUAUUGGAAAUGAAGGUUAUUCAGGCAUCAAUUGUUCUGAGCAGACCGAUGAUGAGCAUGGUGGAGGUGAAGACUCUGUUGUUAAUGUUGGAAGCACUGCUGAUAAACAAGAGAAUCAGGAAAAGAUUCCAAUGGAAGAAACAGAGAUGAGUGAUGGCACCUCGAUCACAUCGAUGGAAGAUGCCCUGGAACCAAACAAUGAUCUCCAUUCAGAGCCUGAAGAUACGAGCAACCACACUCCUGAUCUGUCAAAUGGCAAGUCUUCCAAUGGAAACAGUAACGUAUUCCAGAGUGCAAAGAGCGUGUUGACUUCGACGAAGAAGGUGAAGAAAACUUCAUCUGCGAAUGCACGGAAGCCGCUGCAAUCUACUAACAGAGGUAAUCAGGAUGAUGGGAAGUCAUCGAUUGGAAAGGCCACAGUUCCAGCAGGCCCAGUUUUCCGUUGUACUGAACGUGCCGAGAAGCGCAGAGAAUUUUACAUGAAGUUGGAGGAGAAGCACCAAGCUAUGGAGGAAGAGAAGAUUCAGUUGGAAGCCAGGCUGAAGAAAGAACAGGAGGAGGCUCUGAAGCAGCUGAGGAAGAGCCUGACCUUCAAGGCCAAUCCCAUGCCGAGCUUCUACCACGAGGCGGCGCCGUCCCCCAGGGCCGAAGUCAAGAAGCUGCCGACGACCCGCCCCAAGUCGCCGAAGCUGGGCCGGAGGAAGACGACCUCCAUGGAGACGUCGAACUCCUCGUCGGAGAGCGAGGGCACGAGGCCCUGCUGCCGGGCCAACCGCGACGGCCUCGACAGCAACUGCAAGUGCAGCGGCGGCGCCGGCAGCAGAAGCAGCAAGGCGCUGGCAACGAACGCCAAGCCUGCGGCCGCGGCGGCCAAGAAGCAGAAGCAGCCGAAGCACCGCGCCCACAAGAUCGCCGGCGAGAGCGCCAUCAACAUCGCCGUCCACUAGCUGCUGCUGCUGCUGCUGCUGCUGCUGCAAGAUGGCAAUGGCGUUUCCUCCGAAACUUCUUGCCGGUUUCUUCCGGCCGCUUGCUUGCUUGCAGGGUGACGACAAUGGCGUGGAAAUCUUUUUUUCUAAGUUAUGGGAGUGCUUGACGGCUUGUGGAUUUGCUGUAGAUAAUAAGUUAUCCGUGAUGAAGAACAAGGGGCUCCGCUGCCUGCCAUGGGUGGUGACUGUCAGAGAGAGGUGGUGUUUAUUUAAAUCAUGCUAAUUUUUAUUUAAUCUGCUGUGCUGAGGGUGUGCGAGGGAUGGCCUGUGCUUUGCCAAUGUACAGGGCCGUUUGUUUUUGCUUUCCGUAAUUUAUGGGAUGUGGUAAGGAAGAUUGAGUGUUGGAUGAAAGUUGUACAAACAAGAACGAGGGUUUGUGGAAAGGAACUAUUUAUCUGAUUUACGCUCACUCGCUGCACUAGAGCUGUCUUGGUUUUAACUUUAUCUGAAUUUGUUUUGGAUACA